CCUGGCUGCCGGCUGACCAGAAACCAAUGGAGUGGGAUCAACCGGGUGAUGAAGGGAGCAGCUUCACCAGGCGAAGGUCAAAAAUGUACUCCAGAACGCCGACAGGGAAAGUCUGGCCAACUUCAUGCGCCGCGACAUCCAGAUGGCAGACAACUUAGAUCCGUCCCAAGCCAGCGAAACCAGUGUCCUCCUCGAGGCGCCGUUGAAAGAUACCACGGUCGGCUCAGAGAACCACGGUCGGCUCAGAGAACCACGGUCGGCUCAGAGAACCACGGUCGGCUCAGAGAACCACGGUCGGCUCAGAGAACCACGGUCGGCUCAGAGAACCACGGUCGGCUCAGAGAACCACGGUCGGCUCAGAGAACCACGGUCGGCUCAGAGAACCACGGUCGGCUCAGAGAACCACGGUCGGCUCAGAGAACCAUCCCUCACCUCCAGGCGAGAGAGGACAACUCCCUCUCCGAGCGGAGCACCACCCCUGAAGAGACCAAGGUGCAGCACCAGGAGUCUGCCACGUCCGCCGGGGAAGAGGAGGAACGGACGGCCAGACAACCUCUAGGUAUGAAGCGGCUGAGGUCCCCUAAAGCCCGACUCAAAACAGACUCAAGGAGAAAGAAGCUGGACGAGGGGAGCCAUCUGACAGCCAGUUGGAAGGAGGGGAGCCGUCUGACAGCCAGUUGGAAGGAGGGGAGCCGUCUGACAGCCAGUUGGAAGGAGGGCAGCCGUCUGACAGCCAGUUGGAAGGAGGGGAGCCGUCUGACAGCCAGUUGGAAGGAGGGGAGCCGUCUGACAGCCAGUUGGAAGGAGGGGAGCCGUCUGACAGCCAGUUGGAAGGAGGGGAGCCGUCUGACAGCCAGUUGGAAGGAGGGGAGCCGUCUGACAGCCAGUUGGAAGGAGGGGAGCCGUCUGACAGCCAGUUGGAAGGAGGGGAGCCGUCUGACAGCCAGUUGGAAGGAGGGGAGCCGUCUGACAGCCAGUUGGGAGACAUCAGAACAGCUGAUACACACAGGUUGUUGAUUCAGACUCCUGAUGGAGACAUCAUAACAGCAGAGUUGACACACACAUUCUUACAAGUCAUUUAUUAUAUUUACGUUCAAUCAUUUCAUUUGAUUUCUCUUGUUUAGAUUAUUCAAUAAAAUAUAUUGUUAAUAGUU